UUUACUGAACCUGUUUUUGUUUUUUUUAUCUCCUUGUUUUUCUCGUUCUGUUAGGAACUUAGCAAAUCAUUCUCUAUAUUGAUUUUUAGCCAGAUAUGAUAAAAUAAUCUUAGUUUACCGAAUCACUAAGUCGGAAAUAUGGAGGUUGAAUUGUCAAAAGAACUCUUCAACGUUCAAAAGGUACAUAAGCUAUUGGCGGGAAACAGCAACAAGAAAAAUGCAGAAAUCUAUUACGUCUUUUUUCUCGUCUCCAAAGCCCAAAAAGGAAGACACAGAGACAAAACGAAGUGACUUUGAUAAUGAAAGUAAAGAGUGUGCUCCCCUGAAGCAGAGCAAUGGAUCACCUAUCAAGGACUCUCCCGUCAAAGUGUCCAGGAAGAAGAGAUGUCGGAUCAUUGAGAGCGAUGAGGAAGAGGAUGUAUGUGCUGAUGAACAGGAGAACCAGAAAAAUAGUCCUGAACCAGUAAAGGUCAAUGGGGUUAGUGAAGAAAAGAAAACAUCGGAUGUUGUGGAAAAGUUAGAGUCCCCUGCAAAAUCACCCUUUGGUCUACCAGUCAGGAGAACAGCAAGAAAAAGUAUGACAUCACCCAAUAGCACAAAGAAAAACCUGUCAUACAGUCCAGUGAGGGAGCCCUCUACCAAGAAAUCGAAAGUAGAGGUCAAGGAACCGAAAGUAGAGGUUAAAGAUCAAGAAGAAGAGGUCAAGGAACCAAAAGAAGAGGUCAAGGAUCCAAAAGUAGAGGUCAAGGCUGGGGAUGCAAAAGACUCUAAAACUAAAGAGAAAACAGAGGAAAAAUCUGACACAGAGGAUACUCAGAUAGAAGUUAAAGAGGAAAUUGUGGAGGAAAACAAAGAGGAGGAAAUGGAAGUGGAGGAAACAAAGGAAGUAAAACGAGAAGUAAAAAAAGUAACUACAUCAAAAUCCACCAAGAAAACUCCAAAAUCCAAGAAAGCAACAUCAAAGCAAGUGGACAAGACUCAGUCCAAGGAACAAAGCCAAACUUCAAAGGAAGAAAAAGAUACAAAGACAGAAGCUGAUUCUGGUAAAAAGAAGCUCCACAGUUUCUUUGCACCAAAGACUGAACAAAAAACUGAAGAUUCCUCAAGUGAAGGAAUGAAAACAAGUGACAAAAGCGUGAAGAAUUUAUCGUCCAUCAAGAAGGAGGAGGACAGCGGAUACAAUCCGGCCAAGACGAACUAUCACCCCUUAGAUGACGCGGUGUGGAAACACGCGGACAAGGUUCCUUACCUGGCCUUGGCAAAGACCUUUGAGGCAAUAGAAAACAUCUCUGGAAGACUGAAGACAAUUGAAAUCCUCAGUAACUUUUUCCGUUCUGUGAUGGCCUUGAGUUCUAAUGACCUUUUACAGUGUGUGUAUCUCUGUCUGAACAAACUCGCCCCGGCGUAUGAGGGACUGGAGCUGGGGAUAGGGGAGACGGUACUGAUGAAAGCCAUCGCUCAGGCAACGGGUAGAGGCAUUGACAAAGUGAAAGCUGAUGCCCAGGAAAAAGGUGACCUUGGACUGGUGGCAGAGACAAGCAGGAGCUCUCAGCGAACGAUGUUCACUCCAGCCAAACUGACAGUACCAGCCGUGUUUAGUAAACUGAGGGACAUAGCAGGAAUGUCCGGUAAUUCUGCUAUGGCGAAAAAGAUAGAGAAGAUUAAAGGCAUGUUUGUGGCGUGUCGGCAGUGUGAGGCUCGCUACCUGAUUCGCUCCCUCGGAGGAAAACUCAGAAUCGGUCUAGCAGAACAGAGUGUGUUAACAGCCCUGGGAAAUGCAGUUUUCAGGACGCCUCCAGGUCAAGAUUUUCCACCAGAAGUGUUAGAUGCUGGAAAAGGCCUGGGUGCUGAUUCCCUUAAAAAGAAAAUGGAGGAAUGUGCUCUCAUAAUCAAAUCAACCUACUGUGAAUGUCCAAGUUACGACGCUAUUAUACCGGCCUUGAUUAAGUAUGGUAUACAAGAGUUACCAAACCACUGCAAACUGACCCCAGGUGUUCCUUUGAAGCCAAUGUUAGCUCAUCCUACCAAAGGAGUUAGUGAGGUUUUCAAACGGUUUGAUGAGGCGGACUUUACCUGUGAAUAUAAAUAUGAUGGAGAAAGAGCACAGAUACACAUCCUUGAGAACGGUGAUGUUCACAUCUACAGCAGAAACUCGGAGAACAAUACCAGUAAAUACCCAGACAUCAUCGCUCGGAUCCCGAAGGUGAAGGCCGAUACUGUAACCUCCUGUGUUAUCGACUCGGAAGCUGUCGCGUGGGACGCAGAGAAAAAACAGAUCCAACCAUUCCAAGUCCUCAGCCACAGGAAACGGAAGGAUGCUGAUGCCUCGAAUAUUAAGAUCCAGGUGUGUGUGUAUGCAUUUGACCUUUUGUACCUCAACGGAAAAUCUCUGGUGAAGGAGCCUUUCAGGAAGAGGCGAGAACUUCUCCACUCGUCAUUCAGGGAAGUCGAGGGAGAAUUUGUGUUUGCCAAAUCCAUGAUUUCAUCCAACACAGACGAGAUUGCCGAAUUUCUGGAUGACUCCAUUAAAGGAAACUGUGAGGGUCUUAUGGUGAAAACCCUAGACGUAGAUGCUACGUAUGAAAUUGCCAAGAGGUCUCACAAUUGGUUGAAGCUGAAGAAGGAUUACUUGGAUGGGGUAGGAGACACAUUGGAUCUGCUCGUGAUGGGGGGUUUUCUGGGGACAGGAAAGAGAACUGGACGCUACGGAGGAUUCCUCCUGGCCUGUUACGAUGAGGAGAAUGAAGAGUUCCAAUCCAUAUGCAAGAAGUAUCUUAAUCAGCUGAUCAAGUAUCAUGAACAAUCCCACAAUGCAAAGUAA